AAUAAAAAUGCGAGUCAUCAUUCAGCGUGUUAAGAAUGCCGCACUCAGUGUAAUAAAAGAAGGCACCAACGAAAAGGAAAAGGAAUUUGAACUUUUCAGCGAAAUACAAAAUGGAAUAAUCUGUUUUGUAGGAAUACACAAAAACGAUAGUUGGAAGGAUGCACUGUACAUUAUUCGGAAAUGUCUAAAUCUGCGACUGUGGUCAGAAGGUAACAAAACUUGGGAUAAAAGUGUGAAAGAUUUAAAUUACGAAGUGUUGGUUGUCUCUCAGUUUACCCUUUUUGCUAACACGAAAAAGGGAAGCAAGCCAGAUUUCCACCUUGCCAAGGAACCCAAAGAAGCGCUAGCUAUGUACAAUAAAAUGGUCGAACAAUUUGUUAAGGACUACAAUCAUGAAAAAAUCAAAACUGGAAAAUUCGGAUGCUACAUGAAUAUCCAAGUGACUAAUGAUGGGCCUGUUACUAUUUUUAUUGACAGCCACGAUGUCAAUUUGGAUAGCUG